CCCCGGCCGCCGGGAGGAGCCGAGCGGGGCCCGCCCAGCCCCAGCCCAGCGCCUGCGCAGGCGGUGCCGCCAUGGCGGAGAAGGCGCAGAAGAGCGUGAAGAUCGCGCCUGGGGCCGUGGUGUGUGUGGAGAGCGAGAUCCGCGGGGACGUCACCAUCGGGCCCAGGACGGUGAUCCACCCCAAGGCCAGGAUCAUCGCGGAGGCGGGACCGAUUGUGAUCGGGGAAGGCAACCUGAUAGAGGAGCAGGCGCUCAUCAUCAAUGGGUACCCAGAAAAUAUUACGCCAGAAACCGAACAGAUGGAGCCCAAGCCCAUGGUCAUCGGCACCAACAAUGUUUUUGAAGUUGGGUGCUAUUCGCAGGCCAUGAAAGUGGGAGAUAACAACGUCAUCGAGUCGAAAGCAUUUGUCGGCAGGAAUGUGAUUCUGACGAGCGGCUGCAUCAUCGGGGCCUGCUGCAACGUCAACACCUACGAGGUGAUCCCCGAGAACACCGUCAUCUACGGGGCCGACUGCCUUCGCCGCGUGCAGACCGAGCGGCCGCAGCCCCAAACGCUGCAGCUGGAUUUCCUGAUGAAGAUCUUGCCCAAUUACCAUCACCUGAAGAAGACCAUGAAGACCGCGUCCACACCUGUCAAGAGCUGAGAGCCUCCCGGGGUUGGUUGCUGACUGGGGAUUUCGUCCCGUCCUUCUGAGCACUGCACAAACGCAGGCAGCUGCUGGUCUCUGCAUCCUUUAUUCCCUUCUGCAAAACAAAAAUGUUUUUUCUCGCUUAUUUGUGUCCUUUAUUUAUAGCCCGCCAAGCGUCUCAGCCCCACUGUGGAUCUGUUGUCUGUCCCGCGCACUAACUUGAGUAUCACACGUGCUGCUUGGGGAAUAAACCAGAACCGGCUCA